CAGACGCCGUCGCCGCGCUACGGGCCGGCUGCGUGCUGGUCAGCGCCGAGCGCCGCGGCGUCCCCGCCUAGUCCCCGCGGCGGCGCGCGGCCGGCCUGGGCGGCGGCAGCCCGGGAUGCGGAGGCGGUGGCUCGCCGAGACGAUGCUCGGGCGCUGAGGAGACGCGGCACCCGAGCGCCGGCGGCGCAGCGACACGGGCCCGCAUGGCGCAGCCCUCGAGCCCCGGCGGCGAGGGGCCGCCGCUCGGCGCGGCCGGGGGCCCGCGCGACGCGCUGAGCCUGGAGGAGAUCCUGCGGCUCUACAACCAGCCCAUCAACGAAGAGCAGGCGUGGGCCGUGUGCUUCCAGUGCUGCGGCUCCCUGCGCGCCGCCGCCCGCCGCCAGCCCCACCGCUACCGCCGCGUGCGCUCGGCCGCGCAGAUCCGCGUCUGGAGGGACGGCGCCGUCACCCUGGCGCCCGCCGCCGGCGAGGAGGGAGAGCCGCCCCCCGCCUCCGGUAAAUUGGGAUAUUCACAUUGUACAGAAACAGAGGUUAUUGAAUCCCUGGGAAUUAUUAUUUAUAAAGCAUUGGACUAUGGCUUGAAGGAAAACGAAGAAAGGGAGUUGAGCCCUCCUCUAGAGCAGCUCAUCGACCAAAUGGCCAAUACUGUGGAGGCUGAUGCUAGCAACGAUGAAGGGUAUGAGGCUGCAGAUGAAGGCCCAGAAGAUGAAGACGGAGAGAAGAGGAGCACCUCAGCCAUUCGGUCCUUUCAGGACGUCAUGAAGAUAUGUGCUGCUCAUCUCCCAACUGAGUCGGAGGCACCAAAUCAUUAUCAGGCAGUAUGUCGAGCUCUGUUUGCAGAAACCAUGGAACUGCAUACAUUUCUGACCAAAAUUAAGAGUGCAAAGGAGAACCUUAAGAAGAUUCAAGAAAUGGAAAAGAGUGAUGAAUCUAGCACGGAUCUGGAGGACCUGAAAAAUGCGGACUGGGCACGGUUCUGGGUACAAGUGAUGAGGGAUUUGCGAAAUGGGGUAAAACUUAAGAAAGUCCAACAGCGGCAGUACAACCCAUUGCCCAUUGAAUACCAGCUCACCCCUUAUGAGAUGCUCAUGGAUGACAUUCGAUGCAAAAGAUACACCUUGAGAAAAGUAAUGGUAAAUGGUGACAUUCCCCCUCGGUUAAGAAAGAGUGCUCAUGAGAUCAUCCUUGACUUCAUCAGAUCAAGACCCCCUUUAAAUCCAGCUUCAGCCAGAAAAUUGAAACCAACCCCACCUCGGCCACGGAGCCUCCAUGAAAGAAUAUUAGAAGAAAUUAAAGCAGAACGAAAGCUUCGGCCUGUGUCGCCAGAACAAAUUAGACGGAGCAGACUAGCAGUGCGGCCACUUAGCAUGUCUCACAGUUUUGACUUGUCAGAUGUCACUACGCCAGAAUCUCCAAAGAAUGUCGGAGAAUCAUCUGUGGUGAAUGGAGGCUUGACAUCUCAAACAAAAGAGAAUGGGCUGAGCGCCGCCCAGCAGGGGCCUGCACAGCGCAAGAGGCUCCUCAAAGCCCCAACCCUGGCUGAGCUGGAUAGCUCUGACUCUGAGGAGGAAACUCUGCACAAGUCAACCAGCAGCAGCAGUGCAUCUCCCUCCCUCUAUGAGGAUCCAGUACUGGAGGCCAUGUGCUCCAGGAAGAAGCCUCCAAAAUUCUUACCCAUCUCGUCAACACCCCAGCCAGAGAGAAGGCAACCACCGCAGAGGCGCCACUCCAUUGAGAAGGAAACGCCUACGAACGUGAGGCAGUUCCUGCCACCAUCCAGGCAGAGCUCACGGUCUCUUGUUCCUAGGAUAACCAGUGUAUGGCCAAGGACGCCUUUCCGACCGCUUUUCUCUACCAUACAAACAGCUUCUCUGCUGAGCUCUCAUCCUUUUGAAGCAGCCAUGUUUGGGGUAGCAGGGGCUAUGUAUUAUCUAUUUGAGAGAGCUUUUACCAGCAGGUGGAACCCCUCAAAGGAGGAAUUCUGCUACCCAGUGGAAUGCCUCGCUCUGACUGUGGAGGAAGUGAUGCACAUCCGUCAGGUCCUGGUGAAAGCAGAGCUGGAAAAGUACCAACAGUAUAAGGAUGUCUACACUGCCCUGAAAAAAGGAAAGCUCUGCUUCUGUUGCCGAACCCGGAGGUUUUCCUUCUUCACCUGGUCUUACACCUGUCAGUUCUGUAAGAGGCCCGUGUGCUCACAGUGUUGCAAAAAGAUGCGGCUGCCUUCCAAGCCAUACUCCACUCUACCGAUCUUCUCUUUGGGACCUUCUGCCUUGCAAAGGGGGGAAAGUUUUUCGAAGUCAGAAAAACCUUCCACUGGCCACCAUCGGCCACUUCGAAGUAUCGCCAGGUUCUCCUCAAAAUCAAAGUCUGUGGACAAAUCCGAUGAAGAGCUCCAGUUUCCCAAAGAGUUCAUGGAGGACUGGAGCACCAUGGAGGUGUGUGUAGACUGCAAAAAGUUCAUUUCUGAGAUCAUCAGCUCAAGCAGGCGCAGCCUGGUGUUGGCUAACAAAAGAGCCAGGUUGAAAAGGAAGACACAAUCUUUCUACAUGUCCUCAGCUGGCCCCUCGGAGUACUGCCCUUCCGAAAGGACUAUCAAUGAGAUCUGAGCCCUGUGCCUUCCCGCUCUUUUGUGUGCAGAGGCGGACGGGCAGCAAGGCAGUGCUGCAGGACUCUCCCCAGGGGUUCUCCUUCACAGGCUCCGUCUGCAGCAGGUCAGGUUUGGGCUGUACAGGAGACACAGACUCAAGGCUGUGUUCAUAUCAGCAGACGGUAUGAGCGGGUCAGCCACUUGUUCAUUUGCACUCAGAAAGCCUAAAACUUGAUUUUGUGUAUGUGAGUAGGGAAGCCAGAAACUUCCUUAGUUCAGUUCCUCAAUGUUCUUCGGAUAAUUUCCUGACUAAGGCAAAAAGCUUCUUGUGUGUGAAGUCAGUGUGACGGAGUGUUGAUGUUAGCACAGUUGUAAGCUGUAAGUCAUAUUGGCAUUCCACGUGACAGUGUUCCUAUCUCAUGUACAUAAUGUCCAAAGUUCUGCCAUAGGUUGGCUGUCAUCUCACAGCACAAAUCUAGAAGGCCUUGCUGAUAAUUCUCCGGGGCUCUGGCUGCAUCCAGUGCAGAACAGUCAAGUAAGCUGUACAUCGUGCGGGCAGCCCCUUCUCUGAGCUCAGGGUCUGCCCAGGCCCAGGCCUCAAUGUUUCCUGAGCUGCUAACAGGCCUUCAUUCCCAUUGUGAAUGUAUUAUGGUUUUGAAUAGUUUUAUAAUACAUGUCUAAGAAUUAAGACUUUGUGGAAGUUUGAGGAAAAAGGAAAACUAAAAAUUUUGUCCAGCAGCUGAGCAGGUUUUGGUUAAUAGGCUGUACCUGCAGGGGUGCCAGCAGAAAGAAGCUAUGGCUCAUACGUUCUCACCUACAUUUUCCAUAACUUUAUAGUGUGGCCAUCGUGACUAAAUUAACCACAGUUUGCUAUCUGAGUCUCAAACUGAAGUUUAUUUUUAUAAAUGAAUUUUAAAAGAAAAACCUUGGCUGUUUUAAAAAUCUCAAGAAAAUUAACCUGCUGCCAUGCAUAAUUUUUUGAUGCUUUUGCACUAGUUGUCUUGUAAAUGCCACUGCAUUUCUGAUGAAAGGCGACUGACAGGUAGUAUUGUAUGUCUGAAAUUCCUCAGCUCUUGUGACGUACCAUGGGCUGCCCCUCAUUUCCAUAUGCUUAGUCAAAUUCCCACUAAUGUUUCGAAAAUGAGUUAAAGCACACGCACAGUGUAACCCCUGAAAGCUCUAAAAACCACCCUCAUAAUCACUGAUGGCAGCUCCAUUUCAUACAAGGCAUGACGGCUGCAUUUCAUACCAGCAUCAAGGUACAGUAACAUUUCCCAUUAAAUUGACAGCAACACCUCAGAAAUGCUCCAGUAGUCAUUUCUAAUGCAUUGAAAUUUAUAGUUUAGUAAAAUGCCUUUAAAUUACUUAUACUGUUGAAAUAAACUUUACCAGUUGACUAACGUAAUGCAUGUUAGUAGUUCAUCUGUACUGCAUGUAGACGUGGACCGCCAGCAAACCCUUACAUUCCAGCUGUUUUUAAGACUAAGAGCUGUAAAAAUUGCACUGUGUGAAUCCUAUUUAUGCAGUUUUCCCUGAGACCACCAGAACUUUACACCACAGUUAGGUAAGACCACCACUGCUAUGGGCCAGACAUACAUUCUAGAAUGAUCUCCUGGAGGGAAGCAAGAAAGAAGGGAUAUACCUGUGUGGGUUUAUAAGCAUGCAUAUAGGGUAAUGUGCUUCUGUAAAAUGGUGACUAAUUAGUGUUUGACUUCCCACAUAAGACACUGAGCCCAGUACCCCACAAAUCACAAAUCACAUCCACAAAUCAGUGAUCUAGUAAAUGUCACAGACUUGACCUCAUUCCUUCAGGCUCACAGUACUAUGCAUAGUGACUUGGGCAUUAUGGCCCCUUUUACCAGAACAUCAGGAUAUAAAUUUUUCAGCACAUUAAUGGGAUUUGCCAAGGGUGUUAGGAGUUCAAGUGUAUGCCAUGCCCAGUAAACCACCUGUAGGAAGUAAUGGGAAAAAGGGCGUGUGACAAGGUAGAAAUUAUAGAAAUAAAAUUAGCAUUGUUUGAGAAACACCAAAAAAGACAUGUACAUUUAACUGUAUCUUGUCUACAAGACUGGCUGUUCCUCCCCACCCCCUAAGCACUCAUACUAAGCUAUUUCAUAGGCUAGGGCUUUAGGCCAGGGAGCUGGUGCUGCCAGUGUGACCUGCUUUAAAAGUCCUAGCUGACCCAUUUAGAGCUUCUUGCUCCUCCAGCAACCUUGUGCAGGACUCUUUGUCCUGCUUGUCUGCUGUGUUGCUCUCUUAGUUCAACAGUUGAUUAUGGCUGACCCCAGAGUCUGAUGCAUCUCCUGAAUACAUCUGUAUGCCCCUUCUGACCCCUCCAGGCAUGAGCACCAGCCAUUGAUCCCAUAAACCUUGAGGUCAGAGUAUGUAAAAAUGCUUGUAAAUAUUGUAACAUACUCAUUAAUAUUUGAAAGGCAUUGGCAAUGGAAAUUAAUUCUCCCAAGAUAAGUAAAAAUUAAAUAAUUGAUUUGCA